CCAUGAAACUUUCCACAACGUAAAAUAUAACACGCUGUUCGGUUAACAAUAUGUUAAUAGUAACACGAAUAAAACAUUGUAAUAAUUAAUUAUUAAAUUAAGUCAGAUAUGACAGACGUUUAAAAAAUCAAUUGUAAAAUAAUCUAAUGGAAUGAAUGAGGGGAAGUCAGUUCCGGCAACGGUAUGAUGACGCAAUCACGUCGGCACGCUUUUAAGAACUUCAAAGGUUUUGAUUACGUGAUCUCGGCAACGAUUGGACGCGCUGCUGUCUCACUUCCGUGCCGAUGCACCGAGCAGUCGUUCCGCACAUGCGCAGUGACCUUUUCCGUGUUAAUUUUAUUUACUCUUCUCCAAAAAUCCAAGAUGGCUGCUGUUGUGAGUGGAGCGGUCCCCUCAGCGCAGCGCUAGCCACCGAACAUGGACAAGCGGACAACAUUAACGUGUAGCCAGCCAUCUUUAUUCACUUUAACCCACCCUUGAGGAGUAGGGAGGGAUUAUUUAUAAGAGCAAAAGUUGUGGAACAUCCGGUUGGAGUGUGUUUAGAGCGGGUCGUUUGGAAGUUGUGAGUCUGUGAGAGAGAGGUGAGGUGGCCCUGCUCCAAAUGGCCGAACCCAGAAAAGUCCCCUUUGUCACUCUCUCGGCCUUCACCGCCGCCGCCGCUCCUCCUCCGGGAUCUGAGGCCAGGAAACGGCGCUUGGACGCGGACACCGAGCUGAGCCUGAGCCGGGAGUCGGGACUCGGAGCUCCUGAGGCGGAUGGUUCGGGUAAAGCUCCGGGGCAAAGCGAGUCUGUGCGGAUAAACAUCACCCUGCCGGAGAGCACCGAGCUGAGCUUUCCUGAAUUCAGCUACAGCGAACUGCUCCAGGCUAAGAAGAAUCCUCCUGCUGUCACGCAGACUUGCAACCUGUUUAACGACGAGCAACGAGAGAAACAGGAAGUGGAAGCUCUGGCCAGGAAGUAUGAGAACAAAUAUGGUUCGGGGUGCAGGAGGAAGCGCAAGGAUCGGGUUCAGGAUUUGAUUGAUAUCGGGUUUGGUUAUGAUGAGAGCGACUCGUUCAUCGACAAUUCCGAGGCCUAUGAUGAACUGGUUCCUGCAUCUCUCACCACUAAACUGGGAGGGUUUUACAUCAACACCGGCACGCUACAGUUCCGCACCGCCUCUGAGUCUGAGAGCGACGAUGUAGAGAGGCGCGACAGCAGCAGGGGUGAUGAAGAUUCAGAGGUGAAGAAGAAGAGGAGAAGAGAUGAAGAGGAGCUGGAGGAGAAGAAGAUGACGAAUAACCGACUAACAAAGACAGGCGUGUGUCGUCCGGAGAAGAAGAGGAGGAAGAAGCUGAUGCUGGCGGCGAUGCUGAGACGCUUCGCACGCGAGAAGAAAGAAACCCGCAAACUAAACCCGACUAAUAGCGCACAGCUCCUCCACAGCGACGCCCUGCUCGGAGACCUGACCUCUGACCCCGCGAUGAUGUCACUGCUCACCUCUGCCAGUGAGGGCGAGCUGCAGGAUCUGCUGAAUGACUUGGACUUCAGCGCUCUGGACUCUGUGCCUCAGACUCAGCUCACAGAAAACGGACCGAUGUUCAGGACGGAGAUUGCGUGUCCUCCCCCUCUACCUGAAGGACUCCCCGCCCCGCUGGUCAAACGCAUCGAAGAUCUGCGUGCGGCGUCCAGACAGUUUGAUGAGGAGGGCAGGAAGAAGUUCUUCACCUUGGACAUGAAUAAUAUUUUAUUAGAUAUUGAGCUGCAGGUACAGGAACAGUCUCCCUCCAUUCGCUCUGCUGUGUAUUCUCACCUCGAGGCUUUUGUUCCCUGCAACAAGGAGGCUUUACUGAAACGCCUGAAAAAACUCAGCCUCAACAUCCAGGAUGAUCGUCUCCGUACCCCUCUGCUGAAGCUGAAGUUAGCUGUGUGUAGUGUGAUGCCUGAACAAACAGCCAGAUACCACAUGGACUGUAUGGCCAAAGUAGCAGCCAAGCAGCAUAUGGAGGACGGAGAGAGAAACGCCUCAGAGGAUGAAGAGGAGGAGAAACCGGGGAAACGAGUGAUGGGGCCGAGGAAAAAGUUCAUCUGGGACGACAAACUCCGGACUCUGCUGUGUAACCUGGUGCGGGUGAAGUUGAGGUGUUAUGAGCAGGAGAAGAGUUCUCUCUCUGUAGAAGAUUAUCUCAAAGCUUUCAUGGAGACCGAGGUCAAACCGCUCUGGCCCAAAGGCUGGAUGCAGGCCAGGAUGCUGUUUAAGGAGAGCCUUUCAGUACACGCUCACCUCACAGACCUGGGGAAGAAGAGAAUCAUUUCCACCCCCAGACCUGCGAAAAUAAAGGAAAUGGCAUGGCAACUUGGAGCGGUGCCAGGUGUAAACCCCACCCCUUUCUCUACACACCCGUCCUCAGAGCCAAUCUGCUUGUCUGAUUCGCUAGAUGAGGAUCUGGCCACGAACUCUCUGGACUCCAUCGCCCAGGCUCUGACUCUCCUCAACAAUUCCGCUAAUGGUGUAAACCCAAACACUGCCCCCAGCACCUCCUCUUCCUCUCCUGUCAUAGAAAAACCCCAUACACACACAGUGAGCCCCACCCCUUCCUCACAGUCUUCCACGUCGAAAGACGUCUCUUCAGUGCAAAGACAGACAGUGACGCCUGCUAGUAGACCCAUCAAUGCUAGCAUGAACACCAUGCCCACUGCUAAGCCCCGCCCACCUCCGACAACCACACCUCUCCAGAAGCCGUUUGCCGCAAUCGGGAUGAAGUCCAGCCAAGCCACGCCUCCCGCGGCUCAGAUGAAAACCCCAUCGAACAAAUUGUGUGACAGUGGCACACAACAGCCGAGUUUGAACUCUGUGAGCUUUCAGCAGUUGACCACACCCCCUUCACGGUCAUCGCCCCUCCUCCAGAAAAAGGCCACACCCCCUAGACACCACCAGCAGAGGUUUAUAACACCCAUGCAAGCCACGAUCACAAAGUCUUCCCAAAGUAGCAACUCUCCAAUAAUCAAGCUCACACACCGGCUUCCUGCUCAGACCACGCCUUCUGGCUCUGCCCACCGGCCUCCUGCUCAGACCACACCUUCUGGCUCUGCCCACCGGCUUCCUGCUCAGACCACGCCUUCUGGCUCUGCCCACCGGCUUCCUGCUCAGACCACGCCUUCUGGCUCUGCCCACCGGCCUCCUGCUCAGACCACGUCUUCUGGCUCUGCCCACCGGCUUCCUGCUCAGACCACGCCUUCUGCCUCUGCCCACCGGCCUCCAGUUCAGACCACGCCUUCUGGCUCCGCCCACCGGCCUCCAGUUCAUACCACGCUUUCUGGCUCCGCCCACCGGCCUCCUGCUCAGACCACGCCUUCUGGCUCCACCCACCGGCCUCCUGCUCAGACCACGCCUUCUGGCUCCGCCCACCGGCCUCCUGCUCAGACCACACCUUCUGGCUCCGCCCACCGGCCUCCUGCUCAGACCACGGCUGCUGGCUCCAUCCACCACCCUCCUGCCCAAACCACGCCUUCUGGCUCUGCCCACCGCCCUCCGGCUCAAACCACGCUUCCUGGCUCUGCUCAUCGCCCUCCUGUUCAGACCACACCUCCUGGCCCCACUCACCAACCUCCUGGCUCUGCCCACCGCUCUUCUGUUUCUACUCCCUCCCCUCCUAGUCCUGCCCACCACCCUACUAUUACCACUCCAUCAUCUGGUAAUCGCCCUCCUGCCUCAAAUCCUCAAAAUCUUGCUCCCGCCCACCGAUCCCCUGCUUCAACACUUCCUUCUUCUGGCUCCACCCACCGCCCUUCGGUUUCAACUCCGCCCUCUCCGAGCUCCCACCGCCCAACGGUACAGACUCCUCCGGGUUCCGCCUACCGCCAGUCUGUUCCCACCCCACCUCCUAUCCUUGUUCACCGCUCUCCAGUGACCACGCCUCCUUCUGUUUCCUCGCCUUCCCCUUCCUCCUCCCGCACCUCUGUCCCAACUCCGCCCACCCAGUAUAGCCCUAAAAGUUCAGGAUUCAAACCACCUUUCAGCCCUGGCCCUGUAGCCACGCCCCACACUUCUAGCUUCCAGGACUGUAACCUCACUUCCUCAUCUGUCACAACCAAUCAUGGACAGAGGCAGAGAGCAGUGGGAGGGGCCAGUCAGAGUAACAAGUCUUCAGCCAAUUGUGCCUCGGCCAUGGGACUGCCGUCUCUGUCUGACUCUGCCCUCUUAAAUCAGGUGGCGUCUGUGCCGUUGGGUUUGGGGAUGUUCGGGGGUCUCGUACCUGUCUCACUGCCCUUCCAGUUCCCUCUGCUCAACUUCACCCCGCCCGGUGCAGCCACACACACCCCCAACUCAGGAUACACACUGACGCCGAACCUAUUUAAGAGUUUGCAGUCAGGUGUACAGGCUGCUCUUCCUCCUCACCUGCAGCUUGCUUUCUCAGUUGAUGAAACACUACACCAGUUUUCCUCUUUAAAUGAAACACACCCAGGUCUGUUAACAAAUGCACCGUAUCAUUUCAUCCUUAAUGAAGCAUUUUGUAUUUCUGUGACAUGUGUGUGCAUGUGCAUAUUCACACGAAUAUGACGUGGUCUCAUUUACAUUUAACUACUUUUUCCCCCUCUUUUACAGAGUCGAACCAAAGUCAGGGAGGAGACGUGAAGAGGAAAUGAGACAAGACAUGAAUGUAACCACAAAACCCCCCAUCACAGAGCUGUUAUUAAAUAUAUUCAACAUUCUGUUAUUAGAUUACUAUCAUUAUUAUUAUUAUUCAGACUGUAGACAUGAGGAACUGUGGUUUUGCUUCCGUUGUGUGUGAAGCUUCUGGACCUAAUCGAUUGAAACGACACAAUCCUCCAGGAAAAGAUUUCUCUUACGAACCCCUUCAGACCCCUCAGGCACCAAAAAUAGUACGAAAUAUUGACUCGGAUGGGCAGAGUUACUGUUUUACCCAUCAAUCAUGGCGUCUGGGUGGAGCUAGUGUCGACACCUGAGAUGUUAUAUGUGUGGCUUCGUGUGUGUGUGUGUGUGUGUGUGUGUGUGUGUGUGUGAGCGAGCGAGCUCAUUUAGUGGGAAUUGUUUACAAAAUAAAAAUCCAAAAAGACAAAAAAUAGUGCAAACCCAGAAAUGUAGCAGAGUUAUUCCACUCCAAUCGCCUGAAAUACAAGUCUUUAUACUGACAAUAAUCUGAUUACGGUAGAAUAAUUAAUUUACUGAAAUAUAUUAGAAAUAAAAACUCUGAUGCUGAACACUACGACACCACCAGGGGGCGCUAAAGUGCACAAACGUUUACUAUGAACACUGAAUCAUUUAGUACAGUAGCCUGCAUUUUAGAUUGUGUGGUUUUUUUUUUUCUUCAAUAAAUGUAUCACUAUUUUGAUAUAUUUGUGCAGGUCAUGUGACCACAGGCGUGGAGUCUGAAGGGGGUUUUAGAGCGGCGCAGAGGAGCAAGUGGGUCGUUGUCAUUUCUGAUUUUGUCAGUAUGUUUACAUAAGACCUUAAUCACUGUGGAAGGAAGUGACAUAAUUUAUAUUUGUAUUUAAGUUUGUGCUGCUGGUGCUGUGUGUGUGUGUGUGUGUGUGUGUGUGUGUGUAUGUAUGUAUGUCUGUGACAUUUCUACACGCGCUCUUUAUUCCACCGAACGUUAAAGCAACUUGACGUUGUGUUUGCUGUUUAGCGUUUUAAUAAGUGCUUCAGUUAUUUGAGCUUUAACACAGACAUUUCAGGCUCAUUUGUGAUUUAAUACUUAAAGUUUAUAGAUAGAAAUAUAAAGAUCUCGAUUAUUAUAUGGUGUGUGUGUGAGAGAGAGAGAGCGAGAGAGAGAGACCGUCAUAUCCCUCAGUUGCUCAGUGUUUCGGUGCUGUAGACUCACACUGGACCUUGUUAUGAAACUUGAAGUUGUUUUUAUUUUAUUUUUUUUUAGAGAGAGAGAGAGAGAAAGUGUGUGUAUUUGUGUGUGUGUGUGAGAGAGAUGUGAGCUCAUAUUUGAACGUUUCUUUUCUAAAGGAUUUUUAGUUCAGUGUCACUUUUCAAUCAGGCGUGUGCCGAUAAUCAGUACAACAAUCUAAUCAUGAUCUCAGUCACAAUGUUGCUCUGUUCAUUAAUAAGAAUAAGUAACCCUAGAAGGUAGUGUGCCUAUGUAGGGUGUGAUUUGAAGUGCACUAAAUUGUGUAGCCCAUUAAAAAAAACUGCAUUACACUAGGUAGAGGAUUAAAUAUGGCUGACUUGAUCAUAAACAGCCCUGGGUAGUGCACUGUAUUUCCCACUCUGUCCUAAACGCACUACAUAGGGUUUACAAUAACUUUAUAAGAACGUUAUUCACCCUAAACCCUUUCUAAGCUUGUUCACUACGUGAAGUGCACAUGGAAUAUACCUACCUCUAUAUAUGUAGUGCCCUACAUAAGGUGUAAAGUUAAUACCACUUGUACUCUACACUACUUUAUGUUCACUACACAGGGUAUCAAUAAUGUUUUACACCCUACAUAGUAUAUAAGAUGAAGUGUGCACCCUUAUGCACUACAUAGGGGGUAAAAUAAUGCAUUAUUGCAGAAUGUAAUGUGCGUUUCCUAUGUAAGUGUACGAUGUAGGGGAUUAAAAAAAAAUUCCACUUACACCCUAUGUAGUGUACUAUAGCCAAUAAGGAGCAACAUGGAAGAUUUUACUCUCUACUCCCUACAUAGAGGGAAUGAUGUCCCCUAUACUCUAAAAGUGUGAGAAAGACACAUAACCGGCAGAAAGAAUAUUCGCUGAUUAUCGUUACACGACUGCAAACUGAAACGCCUUCGAUUGUGAGAUUAUAAACUAAUAAACUAUGCAGGACGCUUCAAAUGCAAAAAAAUAAACGCUUCUCAACUGUUAACUCUCUGUGUGUGUGUGUGUGUGUGUGUGUGUGUGAGAGAGAGAGAUAAAUACCUCUGUUUAGUAUCAGCUCUUCCUCUCAAGCCUGUUGUUUUUUGUUUUUAAUUUCUUUUAGACUUUUAGUUUGUUUUAGGAGUUGAACUGAUUGAUGGCCAAAGAUGAUCGCAUUAGUUACACUGUCUGUGUGUGUGGGGGUGUGAGAGUGAGAGAGAGAUAUACUGAACAUGCUAACCUCUGUAGCGUAGCUGAUCUAACUGUGUUGUCGGUAAGUGAAUAAUAUGUGGACAGAAUUUUAAGACUUUAUAAAGUUAUUUUGUUUUUCCUAAAGAAGCUGAUAUGGAAUAAAGCUAUGAGUUUUUUUUUAAAAGUAGAUUAUUUUUGUCUGUGGUUCUGUAAUAAAAAAUGCCAUCAUGA